AUGAACGGCGUCACCGAAGCCCGGCUCUUCGUCGCAUGGAAGGAGAAUAACGAGUAUUCCAUGGCCAAGGUGGAGAGCUUUUUGCUGCAGUCGCCUGAUCAUUAUUUAAAGUUCCGCAAACCUAUCCGGAAUAUUCUGGACUGGGGAAGAAGCAGCCGCCUGGGUGAAAUUAGGGGUGUCCUGGAUGUCGUCUUUGGAGGAGAUGGCGGGAAUCGGGAGGUUCAGUGGAAGUUGAGAUUCCACAAGCCUUUAUCCGAUGAUUCUCCGCCAGAUGUUUAG